AGUUUUAUAGACUAUUUCUAAUGAAUAUAUUAUACUAUUCCAGUUUACAGAUUGUGGACGUCUUUACUUUUGUGGAAAGCUGAAAUUCAGUAAAAGAGUAUUCAGUCUGUUUUACUACAAAUAUAAGGAAUCUGGAAAAGAGGAUAAGAAAUCAACCAGUUCAGUUCAACCUAAUGAUACACGAACAUCUGCUCACCUUAUCACUCGAGUCCCGGAUUUCAGCCAACGAUAUCUACUUCCAUUGUUUUGCCUUCUAUCAAUGGGUUCCAUUUUGCUUAUCAAUCCAGGGAAUAUUGUUCUUUCUACCUCAUUUUGCUUGGCAGACAUUCGCCACACAUCUAAUGGGUGGAAAUCUAGAAGCGAUUUUAGAUAUGGCGUAUAAGGCCAAUGCAGCUGAUGACAAUGCCAAACGUCAAAAAUUUGUUGAAUCAUCUGCCUACCACCUGUUUCGAUUAGGACGUCAGCAUUUCGAUUAUCGAUCAAGUCGAUGGGCACAACUUCAACACAAAAUGUCACAUAUGUCUGGUGGAUCAUUACUGAUUGCUGGAAAACGUAUGGGAAAUUGUAUAUCACUGGCAUACAUCUUUGUAAAACUAUUGUAUUUAACUAAUCUAUUCGGCCAGUUGAACAUAAUACGUACAUUUUUAGGUUAUCAUGGAAAUUUAUUUUCUUUCGGUCAACGAUUAAUCGGAACACUGACAUCAAGACAUGAAUGGACUGAAAGUGAAUUCUUUCCACGUCAAACCUAUUGUCCAGUGCAUGUUCGUCAUCUUGGUCCUAAGAAUAAUGUAUUCACUGCAAUCUGUGCACUGCCUGUAAAUAUGUUCAAUGAAAAAAUUUACAUAUUUUUAUGGUUAUGGAUUGCUGUUGUCAGCAUUAUAACCAGCAUUACUUGACUUGUAUGGUUAAUACGUUUAUCACUACAAAAUCGUCAAAAUGCCUAGAUUCGUAAUUAUCUAAUUAUAUCAAUACACUCACAGAUAUUAGAUGCAUAUCAAAAUCAUAGUUUAACCUGUGAUGGUUGUAAUAUUGACAUUGAUGAUCCGCGUAUUGAACACUUCAUCACAGAAUUUGUUAAAAAUGAUGGUUUCUUUUUAUUACGCAUGAUACGAAACAAUGCUGGUGAUGUAGUGACAGCAGAAAUUUUAAAUCAAUGGUGGCAUAUGUUUAUUAAUUAUCAAAACGCCCGAUCGGAACGAGAGAAUCGACUGGAAUUAUUAAGGAGUGGCAAAGAUAUAACUGAGAAACAUUAUGGUUUUUCUGAAUUACAAGAUAAUAAUUCCAUGAUCGCUCCUACCGCACCAAUGGCAAGCAAUCCUAAUAAAUCCAAUGUCAAUUUUGUCUAAACUGAUGUAUGCAUUCAGUUGACAGUGAUUUGUAUAAAGUCGGAAUGUGUUUCCUAAACUCUGUUUGUAAUACGCAUUAUGUAGUCGAUGGUGUUUGCUUUCUUUGUUAUAGAAGUAAUGAUCACCUUCGAGAUAAACAAAUUCUCUUGAAUAUUCUCUUAAAGACAGAUCCCAGUCUCUCUCUCACUCCCACUCUCUGCCUUCUUUGUCCAAAUUUAUUAUACAAUGUAAACUUAGGAAUCAAAAGUGACGAGAUACUUCUUUUUUUUAAUUGAUUAUGUAAUCUUUUUUCACAUAAACCUACCUUUUCAACUAUGAUUUGAAAUAAAAC